AUGGCCGAGACUCCCAGAUCCGAAAGGUCGCAGACCAGGUUCAGCACUCCUGUCUCCGACCUUGACGACCACCGCCACCAGCAGGAAUCACUUCCACGCGCCCACGAACAAAGCUCCCGAAGAGGCACUCUGGCCAGUAUCGCUGGUAGCCCACAUCUCGCAGCUCUAAUUGCUGCUCAACAACUCGAACUCGGACAAGGAAUGAUUGCUCGCGACUUCGAGAAUGCUAUCGUCGACGACCAAGACGACGACAGCACUCGCUCCGUCCAUGAGACUCCCACAUGGCGGCGCAAUUCUAUCGGGCAGGGUGUAGGAAGGCAAACAACCAUUCGUCUUCCUCCACCUGCCUUGGAGGCCAAGUCCAGGAGCUGUGAAUCUUCCAGUUCAAGAUCGACCUCUCCUCCAAACUCGGUCGACGCUUUCGCCAACCCUCAAAGACGUCGUCGUGGCGAUACAAUUAGUAGCGACGCUCCGCCUUUCACUAACCUCAAUCUCACCAGGACCAUUUCUGGCGCCUCGAAGCAUCGUCGAUCGACUUAUGACGAUACCAAAUCGACUCACACUGUACAAUCACGCCACAGCUCUGUCCAAGACGAUGUUUGCUUCCCUCCUGAGCGUGAUCAGAGCAAGACUUACUUGAUCGAUUUUGAGGAACUUGAGGAGUUUGUUGCAGAGUCACACGAAAAGACCCCUGUCGCUCACCCAUUCCAACCUCCUUUUGGCAAGCAGAAAACUCAUAGUGAGCCAAAAGUAUUCCAUGACCUCCGCGCUUCCAAGACCAAUGCGAGCGACAGCGACGUCACGGACGAGAAGCUGGCUAUGGACCAAGUCAAGAAAGCAGACCUUUCUCCCGAGAUUGAGCUCGAGCGUGUUGUGUCGCACACUCAGUACCUAAACAGAUUCACCUUUUUCUCAUCUGAGAUUGAUGAGACUAUUCACGCACCCGAGUUGGGCGGUCUUCUCAUGCCUGGCGAAUCGUUCAGAGACUUGUUUGAACUUGGUCCGGAUGGUGGUGUCUGGUGGCUUGACAUGCUUAACCCCUCUGAGGAAGAAGUCACAGCCAUCUGCAAAGCAUUUGGAGUCCAUCCCUUGACUCGUGAGGAUAUCGCCACCCAAGAGACGCGUGAGAAGGUUGAGCUGUUCAGAUCCUACUACUUUGUCUGUUUCCGUUCCUUCUACCAGGAGGACAAGGAGAGCGAAGACUUCAUGGAGCCCAUCAACGUCUACACUGUCGUCUUCCGCGAAGGACUGCUGACCUUUACCUUCUGCAACAACCCUCACGCUGCCAAUGUCCGCAAACGUAUCGGUCGCCUUCGUGACUACGUCAACCUCAGUGCCGACUGGAUUUGCUACGCCUUGAUCGAUGACAUUGUCGAUGCUUUCGGACCCGUCUUGCGUGAUGUCGAGCAUGAGGCUGAUGCUAUCGAGGACAGUGUCUUCACUGCGCGUUUCGAGGAUUCUCGCCAAAUUCUUCGACAGAUUGGUACUUGCCGAAAGAAGGUCAUGUCUCUGCUACGCUUGCUUGGCGGUAAGGCAGAUGUCAUCAAGGGCUUCGCCAAACGUUGCAACGAGCAGUACAGCAUGGCACCUCGGGGUGAUGUUGGCCUGUAUCUUUCUGACGUCCAGGACCACGUCGUCACUAUGAUGAGCAACUUGUCACACUUCGAGAAGAUCCUGUCUCGUAGUCACUCUAAUUACCUUGCUCAGAUUUCAGUCGACAACAUCGCUCAGGGAAACAAGGCCAACUCCCUGCUGUCCAGAGUCACUGUCCUGGCUACCAUUCUGGUUCCCCUCAACUUGGUUACUGGCCUCUUUGGCAUGAACGUCCGUGUGCCUGGCAUGGAUGGGCCCAAUCUUGCCUGGUGGUUCGGCAUUGUUGGAUUCAUGGUCCUCUUCGUCGCAGCGUGCCUUGUCUGCGCAUGGAAGCUCGGCCUGCUCGAGGACGUCGUUCCCGAGCGCGAAGAUGAGCUGUGA